AUGAAAAUGCAUCAAAGAGUCAAAACAGAUCUAAAACCUGCAACUCCUAGUCCUAGAGAAGUAGUCAGGAAUGGAACUCCAGUGAGAACCAAAGAACGCAUAUCAGAUCCACAAAGUUCUGGUUCCGUGCCAAAUCUCAAUGGGUCUAUACAUCAGAAACAUUUAAACAGAACCUUUUCGAAAACCUUGCCAAAUAAAGGGUUUGUUUUUGUGGAACAUAAAGAAGUAGAAUUAGGCGUUGGAUCUAUAAGCCCUCCUGGGUAUCAACAAGAUACUCUUUCUGCCUCUCGUAAGAAACGGCAGAUGCCAAUAAGCUCUAGUCCUCGUGCUGGUCAUGAGAAUAUUAAACCGAGUGUUAAUCCAGAUGAUAUUGAUAGUCCUAAGGAUUCAACUUUUACCUCAAUUAGUAAGGACAAACCUAAACAUAAUGCUAAAAUCAAAUCCUAUCUUAGAACUAAGGAUGCUUGA